CCACAUAUCAGUGAAUCAGAAGCCAGAAAAGUAUUCUCCGAUUUAAUUGCUCAGCGUUGCUGUUACGACAAGUCAGUCAUUAAAGACAUGGUUCUGCAGAAAAUGACGUCUUCCAAUGUAUAUCACUACACAUUGGAGACGUACAUUGAGACAAGGAUGACAUCAUGGGAGCAAGAACCCUACAGUGGCCAGUACGUAGACUCCCCUGCUAAUGGAAUGCCCCCCUCACCAUGGGAGAUCCACUGCCACCCCAACCAAAUGUUCCACGACGAGAUACAUCUGAUGGAAGUGCCGCACACUGCAACCAUUGUUACAUGCACAGCCUGCGGUUGUCAGGGUUGUGUGAGGUGCUUCAACUGUUUAGGCAGGGGCUUCAAGAGGUGCAUAUCGUGCCACGGGUCAGGCAACGUCAUGAAGCUGACGGACUCCAGAGGCCCCAGGCACAUGGAUUCCUGCUGGAGGUGUAGAGGCACUGGAAGGAAGAGAUGUCCCUCGUGCGGUGGGGAUGGGCGGGUGGCCUGCAAGACUUGCCUGGGUUUCAAGUAUCUCAAGUGCUUUAUCAACAUCAGAAUUGAAUAUUCGAACAACAGCGUUGAGCAUAUGAUCAAUCGAAGUCAGCUGUUGAAUGAGGCUCUCAAAGAGGUCAAGGGUUACCAAGUUUUUCAGCAAACACAGCCCAGGGUGUGGCCCAUAGUGAACCACCCAGAAGAAGAGAUAUGUUGCAUGUCAGACGCGCUGCUGUCGGAACAUAUCAAAACUUUCAACUCCUACGCCAGGAUCAUCAUGCAGAGGCAAAAACUGAAAAUGAUCCCAGUGACAGAGUGCACGUACGCGUGGAAACAGGAAUCCAUCAAAUUCUGGAUCUAUGGAAAGGACAACCAACUCCACGCUCCAAAUUUUCCACAAAAAUAUUGUUGCGGUUGUGUGGUUGUCUAA